AUGGACGUGAACGUGACUACUCUUCAAAAUAAUAUUUUAGUUCAAAAUCAAAUUAAAAAGAAAAAAUGUCAUGGUAAUAGGAAAGAUCAACGUUUUCGAAGAAAGUGUCGUGCAAAAGGUAUGAAUUCAAGAAAAAUCGAAAGAUUACUCCAUCAACGUAAGAUACUUCAUGAAAAAAAGACGAAUCCAACUGAUAAUGCUGUGGCACAUACAACAAAGUCAAAGAAUAAAUCGAAUCAUAAAAAUGUUUCAUUAACUAAAAUAAAUUCAACGAGGAAUCUUACGAAACGUAAAAGGGAUAUAUCAGUGCAAGAUAUUAAAUCAAAUACAAGAAUACCAAAAUCAACAAGUUUAAUGUCAGUUGCACAACCAAAAUUAAAGAAGAUGAAAAAAAGAACUAACUUGCAUAUUCCAAUGACGACUAUUAUCAUGAACCAUACUGCUUAUAAACAUUAUCGACGACCAAUGUAUUUGAAACGCUCACCGAUGAUAAUUAUUAAAAUGUUGACUAACAUUAUCAAUUGCAAUUUCAAGAAAAAAGAAGAAAAAAUAUUCCUUUGUCAUCGACUUGAUCUAUUAGAUAAACACUAUUAUUUACAAGUUUAUCAGCAAUUAUGGCAAUCCUAUUUAGAUAUUGGAAUACAACAACAUCGGUGGCCAAAUCAAUUGUAUGCAAUGGCAAAGGCAAAUGAUUUUCAGAUAUGUCAACAAUAUUUGGACAAUUAUAUUAACACUAUCAGGAAAGAAAUAGAUACAUGUCAUAUUCAACUGAAUAAUCAAGCUCAAUCUUAUCCAAUGACAACAUUAUCUUUGGAUCAACUUGACUAUUAUCUUAAAAAAUUUGUUGAUCAUCAACGGAAAUAUUUAUUGGUGAGAAAUAAUAGACAAAUACAAAGAUUUACAGAUGAUUUUCACGAAAAACAAUUACUAGAAACAAUCUCUACAUAUCGUCUUAACAGCAUUGAUCAAAAUCAAUAUAUCGACCGAUUGAUGAGUAUACGAGAAAAACAGGCAACCAUUUACGAAGAACUUUUAAUGUUAGAAAUGCGCGUUUUAUACAAAUUUUUACCAAAAAAUUUCGAUCAACUAGAAGAGUUUAUUGCACCGAUGAUUUAUUCACCAUUGAAUAAUGAUCUAAAGAUGAUUGAAGUUAGAAAUAAACGUUAUAAAACUAUUCAAGAAGCAAAACGUAUAUGGUUAAAUGUAUUUCUACAUUCAUAUGAAGUUCAGUUACAAGAAUAUGAUCAACAGUAUGAAAAUGAAUUUUUACAAUUGGAAUCACAUUUACUCAACAAUAUCAAUAUUAAUGGUGCUUCUAUUUACGAACAAAUACAACAACAUAUGAACUGUCAAACAAAUAAAUUAAAACAACAAGUUUCUAUGAAAAUACGAUCAUUAAGAGGAAUCUUAAUAAAAAAUCGUCGACGUUCAUCAUCUACUAAAAAUACUAUUGGUGUUUGGCCUGAACCAUAUCUUGAUCUACUUACCAAUGUAUUCAAUCGAUACGAAUGGAAUUAUCUUUCAUUGGGUCCAUCUUGUAUACGAAUAAAUCAAAGUGCUAUUCGUUCUCGGCAUCAACAAGAAAUUGCAAUUCAAAAAGAUCAUAAAAGUAUUUAUGAUAAAGUUCGAAGUCAUUUAAGUGAACAUUAUUUUAUUCCAAUGACAGCAAAUAUUCUUAAACAAUAUUCCAAUCAACUACUUCAUGAUUUAAAUUUUUCUUAUUUUUCACCCUUAUCUCAUCAUGAUCAAAUAUUAACAUUAAAUCAAGCAAAAAAAGUAGUUUCAAUUCAACGUAAAAUCAAAAAACACAAGUUAAUUCUUCGUGUCACUGAUAAAGGUUAUAAUUUUUAUGUCGGUACAGAAAAAGAAUUUGAUAAGAAAGCUCAACAAUUUUUUCAUGAUACUAAUGCUUUUAUUGAAUUAGAAGAAAAUCCAUUUAAUAAGAUUCAAGAUAAUGUUAUUCAUUUACUCAAUCAAAUACGUGCAAAAAAAUUUAUUUGUUUGACAGUUCAUAUGUUGUUGUAUU